ACUUUGUUUAGUUGUAUGACUGAUAACGAAAGCACACAAUCAAAACUGCAUCCCAGCCUUCAGAACACAACUCACCAAGCUGCAAAAAGCAGAUUUAGUUUCUUUUGCAGAUGGUCUAUGAGUCUCAUGUGGCAUCAUAUUAAAUUAUAUAGGCAGUCAGUCGCUUGUUCUGAAGCGAUGCUCUGAGCCAGGAGUUGUGAUGUGCUUGGACCAUUCUGGUGGAAAACAGGCUCGAAAGCUAAACCAGCUCCUCUGAAGAGCAGCAGCCCAGGGCCCUGCCAGGGGCUUCCAGCACCCCGAGGACUGCCGUUGCCCCUGGGAUGCACUAUGAGGGUGGCCCAGCGAGCCUACGAUGGGCUGUGGAGCAUUCUGCCCUAAAGUGUCUGAAUUACAGGAAGAGGGAAUAAAUGCCAUUAACUUACCUCUCAGUCCCAUUCCAUUCGAACUAGACCCCGAGGACACUAUGCUAGAGGAAAAUGAAGUCCGAACAAUGGUGGAUCCAAAUUCAAGAAAUGAUCCAAAAUUGCAAGAACUAAUGAAGGUAUUAAUUGACUGGAUUAAUGAUGUGUUGGUAGGAGAGAGGAUUAUUGUGAAGGACUUGGCUGAAGACCUGUAUGAUGGACAAGUACUGCAGAAAUUAUUUGAGAAGCUUGAAAGUGAGAAGCUGAAUGUUGCAGAAGUUACUCAGUCUGAAAUUGCUCAGAAACAGAAGCUACAAACAGUGCUUGAAAAGAUCAAUGAAACCCUUAAACUGCCUCCAAGAAGCAUUAAGUGGAAUGUUGACUCUGUUCAUGCUAAAAGUCUCGUAGCGAUACUUCAUCUUCUGGUCGCAUUAUCUCAGUAUUUUCGAGCACCAAUCCGGCUCCCUGACCACGUGUCCAUUCAGGUGGUUGUUGUGCAGAAACGAGAAGGAAUCCUCCAGUCUCGACAAAUCCAAGAGGAAAUAACUGGUAACACUGAGGCAUUAUCAGGAAGGCAUGAAAGAGAUGCAUUCGACACUUUAUUUGACCAUGCCCCAGACAAGCUCAACGUAGUGAAAAAGACUCUCAUCACCUUUGUGAACAAGCAUCUGAAUAAAUUGAAUUUAGAGGUGACUGAACUGGAUACACAGUUUGCAGAUGGAGUGUACUUAGUCCUGCUAAUGGGUCUCCUGGAAGGCUAUUUUGUUCCCCUGCACAGCUUUUUCUUGACUCCUGAUAGUUUUGAACAAAAGGUGGUCAAUGUAUCCUUUGCAUUUGAGCUAAUGCAGGAUGGUGGACUGGAAAAACCAAAGCCAAGACCAGAAGAUAUUGUAAAUUGUGACUUGAAGUCUACACUGAGAGUACUGUACAACCUGUUUUCCAAGUACAGGAAUGUGGAGUGAAGAAUUGAUUUGAGUCACAAAGGAGUGCUAGCAAAGAAAACGUCCUAACUAGCAUAUCCUCCAUCGGUAUUCCUCUGCAUCUCUGUCCUAAAAGGAGCAAAACCAUUUACCUGAAGAAUUUUUGGUUAUUAGUUAUACAUAUAGUUUGGUUAUUCUGGCACUACUAUUUUCACAGUAGAUUUAAAACUAAUAUAACUUAUAAAGAAAAAAGGGUUUGGGGAAGGUAUCUGGGUAUUUUCUGGGAGAAUUCAUGUCUUGCUUGUCUUCACACUGUUUUUAAUAGGUGAAGCAACAAUGAAAAAGAAAUUUAGUAAGUUUGAUUCAAAUCAGCCUUUGGGGCCAAUCAUAGGAAUAUUCUGUACUGAGUACUUGAUUAUUUUUUACAUGUAUCUUUUUUAAUCUGGGAAGGGGAAGAAUAUUUUCUAUCCAUGAUAAGACGGUUCUAUUCUAAUGGUGAGGAAUGUGCAUGGGGAGAAACAGUUAAAUACACUUGUUCACAUGACAGCUAAGAAGAAUAUAUAGUUCCAGUGCUAUUAUUGGGCUUUAAUUUUAUAGGUACAAACUGAAGUGGCUACUCAUUCCUUCAGACUUACUAUGAUGUGCUACUCUGCUUCAAUAUGUGCUAUUGGGCAUUCCACAGAACCACACUUUGCAGCUUGUCACUUGUUUUUGUUUAAGGAAGAGAUUUUUUUUUGCAAAGAACACUUUUCAGGAAGACACACCUGUAUAAUACAGCUUUUUCUAUAAUAUUUUUAUUAUUACAUCAUUUAAAAAGUAGAAGAACGGCUUGUUUUUAUUUUGGCAAUUUAAUCACAGGAUUAUCAGAUUGCAAGUUUAGAUUCAUUGCUAAAUAGAAUUUAGAAUUGUCCCUUUGGUUGAUUUUAUGAUGAAUGUAUGUUCAUCACAGUGAACUGCAUAAUGUUCAACACGAAAAAAUAAGAUUCGUUUUCUAGAAAUGGUCAAAACUACUUCCAUCUGCAAGGAUUCCAUUAGAGUGUAAGGUUCUUUGGUGAUUUUACAUGGCUACAAAACUUUUUUUAAAUUUAAUUACCACCAAUUGAGCUGUUACCUGUUUGGUUUUAGCUUUGACAAAGACACAAAAGGGAAAUGGGAGUUGAUUCUUCCCUUAGACUGGUACCAAGCACCAGUUAUGCUGCCAGAGGAAGCUGGUGGAGGCUGCCUGGAUCGCUUCUCAAACAAAGCCUUCCGUUGCAACCACAAAUUCCUGGGGUCCUGGUUUACACAGUCAGGAAAAAAAUUCCUCAGGCUGAAAUUCCUUGAUAACUCCUCAGAAGUCCUGGGGGUGCUUGGUGCAGGAAGGAGCCUUGCUAGCGGCCGUGCAGGGGCAGCAGGGCUGGCUCGGGGCGCAGGAGAAGCGCUCGGUCAGGGCCUGGCUCCUGCCCUGGGGAAAGGCAGAGCUGGAAGGGCACUCAGCAACAGCUGGGGGGUGCUCAGGAUGGAAGGCAUCUUUCUGUUUUCCUUUUUCUUUUAUUUGGGGGUUUCCAGUACAACAUCAGCACAGAGGGAACUCCAGCAAUGAUUUUCUGUCUUUGCUGAAGGCCAGCUGAUGUUUGGUAAUAAGGCAAUACUGAUUUCUGCUGGGGGCUACAAAAUUAUUUUCCUGAGAAAUAAUAUGAACUUUUUCAAGGGAAAGUCAAUAUUCAAUUCAAAGGCCAACACCUGGGUGUUCUCUGAUCUCAGAAAUUAUCUGAUUGUAAGAAGCACUCUAAAUAUCUUCAUUAAAAUAUUUUGUUACCUGUGUGUUUUUAACUGAGUUUCUGAAUUAGAGGUACAGAAAACAGCAGUUAUUUCCCCUUUACGGGGAGAAAUAGCAGGACAUUUUGACCUCAAUGAAAAUGAGCAUUCUCAUUAUAGCUUUAGUAUCUGAGAAGCUAAGCAAUAGGAAUGAACCAAACUUUUUUUGAGCAAACUGAGACAGAACUUCUCAUAUAUAUAUCAGCAGCAAUUUCAGCUUGUUUUGAUGUUUAACAUACAAGUGUUUCAUUUGCAUACCUAGUAGUAAUUGUAAGAGCUAAUUAAAAAACAAAGGAUGUUUUUUCUGCAGACCAUGCUCAGCUGCAGCACUUUUACAUUUCAACAGUGCUGAAAGAUUUUGACAGCCUUUGACAGCCUGUUUUCAGGAGUGCACUUUCUUUAAAGAGGACAUUUAUGUGGGUAAAGUGAACACUGAAGCAGUUUUCUUUGCCUGGACUUGCAAAUAAGUUUUUCUUGUACUAUAUUGGUAUAACAUUAUUGGAGAUUUAUCUGCCAGGCUCCAUUUCCAUCCUUAUGAAACAUAAAACUGAGACAGAAUUAUUAAAUCCUUAUGCUGAAAUGCAAUUAUGCAGAACCAUAGAAGCAUUUAAACAAUAUCCAACCUUUCCACAAUUAUCUGUCCUGUGGUAAGAAUUUAUGUGAAUUAAAAUCUGCUAUAUAAACAACAGCGUCCUAUGUAAAUACAGAUCCAUGUGAUAGUUUUACACUUACACACAAAUAGCAUAUGCUGCCAUGUAGGAGUGGGUCACUGCUUGUAUUUUUGACAGUGUAGAUUUAAAUAGCUAUCCGAUAAAUACGAAAUCCAAUAUAGAGAUUAUAUCUAACAUUUAUUGCUUUGAUUCAGAAUAUAAGAGAAAUACAGAAUACUACUGCAGACAGCUUGCUUUUCAGCCUCUGGUGCAGGCCAGCCCUUUCCUUCAGGGAAGGGAAAAGUUAUCUGGGCCAAAUUCUGCCACACCUACGUUGCUUUUAUUCUUGAUGCACAGCAAUGCGCCCUGAAAUACUGCUGAAAGCAGAAUUCUCCCCACUGUUUAUUUCAAGAUAGAAGUUGUUUAAAUUUUAGUCAAUCCCAGGUUUAUUUAUGAUUACUUUAAAUGAUUAAGUGGACCCAAAUCAAUUGAUGCAGCUCAUGAGAGACACGAGCAGCCCCCUGGAGAGGCCAGUUCCUGCAGUGCUCCCAGAGGGAGCCUGUGGUCUCAAGGCUGCUGUCCCAGCACUUGGGAUCCUAAAGCCAGCUCGGGUGAAUCCAAGGCCCUGCCUGAGGGUCUCGUGGUGGGAUUGGCAUCCCACCCCCAGACCAAGGUGCCUGUCUCUUGUGCUGUGUCACACAAAGCCCCACGGGCAGCUGAGCCCACCAAAAAGUGGCCAAUUCUUGGCCUGCCUUGAGCAGCAGUCAAGCAGCAAGCAUUGCUGCUGCUGGGGCAUUGUGAAACCACCAAAAGAACAGGUUUCUGUGACUUCUGAUUCAUCCUUUGCAUCCAGCAACAGGAUAUCUGGGCUUCUUCUGUGGCUGGAGAUGGGCAUCCUUUCCCUCUUGAUGGAUCCUGGCGUGCUCUUUCAACCACACAGAAUUUAUUGUUUGGGUUGUUUUGUUUUUUUUUUAAAGAAGAGCUACAGAUUUUUCACAGUGUGUCAAUAAGGUGUUGUCAAAAUAAUUAUCUAAAAUCCUAAUAUCUUGAGGUCAGCUCCUUUCAGAUUUCUUUCUCAGCUGACUGGCUGUUAUUUGCCAUAAAGAACAAGUCCUGUCAAAAGGACAUAAUUUUACCCAAGACACACUCAUAAAGCCCAGAAUUGGAUUGCUCUGUAUUUCUGAUGGAGUCCAGACGAACCAAGUUUCCUGUCAAAUGUGCUGACUGCAGAAUUCCCAGUUCCUCACAUUUCCUAGUCAGGAGUAGCUCCAUGUUACACAGGGUGGCAGCCCUUGCAGCUCCCUAGCUCAGGAAUUCAAGUGGGCCAGCAGGAGCUGGAUAAGGUCCUAAUCUACUGGAUUGUGGACCAAGUGGCAGGAGAUCACCAGAGCCUCUCUUACAGAGAGAGCACUGCCGUGCUGGGGGAUGGUUGCACUCCAGCAGACCAUGAUGGCUGGGGUAUUGGUUGGCUUUUGCUCCUACUUUUUAUUCUGCAAGUAUGGUUUUAAAUUCAUGUUUCAGAUGAUUUUAGCAGACACCUUACUGCAAGCCACAGUGUUGCAAAGCAGAAUGGCUUUUAGAAGUUUGUUUCAUUAGAUGAGGAUAUAGGUGAUAUUUAAUAUACUAGAUGCCAGCCUUAGGUCUAGUUUUUGUUAUUCUUGUCUUCCUCUCAAAAUAACCUUCACCAGUGGCCAAGCAUCCAAAGAGAAAACAGUGCCUUGAAGACCUCUUGCAAGAUUUUUACACUGUUACCAGUAGUAGACUUUUGCCAUUUUAUUGUAAGAAUUAGUGUGGGCUUUCUCUUCACAGUCAAAGUACAAUCACAGACUGGAGAAAUCAUUUGUAAAAAGUUACAAUUAGCUUGCAUGAAGAUUUGUCACACGAAAAAUUGACAUAGCACCACCAAAAUUUUUAAAUUAGGCGUACCUCAGCAUCCACAGAUUUUUCCAAAGAGGUUUUGAGUCAUUCAACAUUUACAAGGGCUAAUUUUAUGUAUUCUGAAAAUGUUUUGUGUGACAUUGUUUCUGCAAUAAUGAGAUGUUCUUUUCUGUCUAACAAUCUAAUACCAUGCACUCUGCAACAGUACUAGAGUCAUUGAAACAUUUGGUCCUCAAUUUCAAUAUCAAACUAACUGAGAAAAAAAAUAUUUCAAAAUUUGCGAAACAUGUAUCAAAAAAACCUGUUAAUUAAAGUUAAGCUGCAUUGCCUUCAACUGCAGAGUUAGUAGCUUUCACAGAAUAUAUGUACUCUGUAAGUAAAAGACACACUAUUGCUGAUUUUUUUUUCUGUGCUUUUCCUGAAAUCUUUUGUUAUGAUCCACAAUAAAGUUUGCACCUGAAAAUCA